AUUGGACAAGUACAGUAACAAUACAAUCCGUAAGUUUCUGUUAAACAGUAGGCUCAAAGUUUUCCUGAAGAAGCUUAUUAUCCACUGAAUUGAGACUCAGUAACAUUUAUGAAAAAGGGCUCAGGAGCACUUUGGAUUCAUCAUUAUGGCCGCCAGUUGCCUUGUCAAGAUAUUGACUAUUUUCACUCUAUUAGCCGCUAUAUUUGUGGGAUUAGAUCGUAAUAGAGAACGUUUCUUUAUUUUUGAUCAGAACGUCCUUCAAGAAAUCGCCCAGAAGAACAUUGAACUCUACAAAAAUGAUACCAAUUUGAUGAUUCAAAAUGUCGCUUAUGACUUAGAAAAGAAAUAUCCUGGCCACAUCUCAGUUAAACAAGAUUGGGUAUUCAACAAUGCAGGCGGUGCUAUGGGUACUAUGUGGAUCUUGCACGCUUCAAUUACAGAAUAUGUCAUUAUUUUCGGUACACCUGUUGGCACAGAAGGACAUACUGGCCGUUACCUCUGUGAUGAUUACUUUAUUAUUCUUGAAGGCGAACAAUGGGCUGCUAAUCCUGGCGAUCUCAAGAGAACCGUUUAUAAGCCUGGUGAAAUGCAUCUUUUGGCUAGAGGCCAAGCCCAACAUUAUAAGAUUCCUGAGCAUGCAUGGGCUCUUGAAUACGCUCGUGGUUGGAUCCCUACUAUGUUGCACUUUGGUUUAUCUGAUAUGAUUUUUUCCACUGUUGACUUCAUUUCUCUUUUCCAUACCUUCCGUAUGUAUGGUGGAUGCCUUAUUCGUGAACUUAUUCAAGGAAAGAUUUAGAAAUAUUUAUCAGCCAAUACGAUAAUCUAAUACUUAUAUACAUCCCAUAUAAUAGUCUAGCUAAUCUUAUUAAUUCUUAU